GAUUUCCCCUUCCUUGAGGGGUGUUUCUCAAACUGGCUCUCCUUCUGUUCCUUCCUGCAGGCAACUUCCAGCUUGGCAAGUCAACCCCAUGUUUCCUUUCCUGAGCCAGUGGUCUUUCCCCCCAUCUUCAUGGAUAUUGCCUGGUAUGUUCCGUGCAAACCUGGCUCUCCAGAUCUCUAAAAGGUGGGGUGCCUGAUGCCUGUAAUCCCCAUCCCGCGACGGGUCCGCUCUUUCCACGGCCCCCACACAACAUGCUUGCAUUCGGCCUGUGGGCCAGUAAGGACCACGCAUUUGGUGCGCACCAAGUACAACAACUUCGAUAUCUACCUGAAGUCACGUUGGAUGUACGGCUUCAUUCGUUUCUUGCUGUACUUCAGCUGUAGCCUGUUUACCUCCAUCCUGUGGGUGGCCCUGUCUGUCUUGUUUUGCCUCCAGUACCUCAGCAUCCGGGUCUUUCUACGUUUCCAGUACAAACUCUCCAUUAUCCUGCUCUUGCUGGGAAGGAGGCGGGUGGAAUUUAGCCUCAUGAACGAGCUACUCAUUUAUGGCAUCCAUGUCACGAUGCUGCUGGUGGGAGGCUUAGGCUGGUGCUUCAUGGUCUUUGUUGAUAUGUAAAUAAAACUGGUGCAUGCCAGC